CUGUGACCAAGGCAUUUCGGGUCAUUCGGAAACACCGUCCGUUGUAAAUUGGACGCCUGUAUUAGCAGCCGCUCGACUGGAGACGCGUUUUGUCUCGUUAGAAUCACGAGUCUCCAUAUAGUAUCAAUUCAACCAUCAGGCUCCGGUUUAGUGUGUGUGUGUGGUGUCUCUCCAGGAAGGUGGUACGUGUGCUAGCCGUCUCCUCCAUAGACUCAGACCAGCCUGCCAGGUUACAUGCUACAUGUUACAUGCUACAUGCGGCAACACGUCUGACGCCACCAGGCUGUGGUAACACACCUGGAACACAUGGUUUUAACACAUUGUCUCUGAAUUGUGACGGCUAACGAUCGUCAAGGACAACAACCACCCGAGCCACUGCCUGUUCACCCCGCUAUCGUCCAGAAGGUGAGGUCAGGGGGGGAGAUGUUUCCACGGUUACAGACCUCAGGCCUAGCACAUAGGGGUCCCUGUAGAAGACAAAACACACACAUAUGGCUAACGGGAAUCAGAACGAUCCCAUAACCAUCUCCACUCAAGAAGACGGGAACGCACACAUUCUUCUAAAGCAGGGGUGCCAAACGUAUUCCACGCAGGGCCGAAUCUCUGCGGGUCUUUUUGUGUUUGCUUUCAGUUACGACCUAGAAAGCCAGAGGUGAGGGGAGUUCCUUACUAAUUAGAGACCUUAAUUCAUCACGGACAAGGGUGGAGCGAAAACCCGCAGACACUUUGCACCUCUGUGGAAUGAGUUUGACACGUGCUCUAAAGGAAACCUUUACUCGUUGCAGGACUGUCUCUUUGACAACGGGAACACGAAGUCUCGGGCUCUUGCCUCCGUUGAUGGGGGAGGGCAUUUAAUGUGGUACACCGUCUCCUCAUCGGCCCCCUCUACCUCCUCACAGCUACAGGGAGAAGGGGGUGUGAUAGGUUAAAGGUCAAGUUAGUUUCAUGAACACGAAGCUCUGUGUCGCUCAUACUUUCAGCAAAAUGUGGCUGGUGGCACCUUAACCGGGGAGGACGGGCUCAGUAAUGGAAUAAAUGGAAUGGUAACAAGUUUACAGGUGACUUACAGAUAAUGUCCCCCAAAGAGGUCGCAGUGUGAGGUCAGCCAAUAGGGUGAAGGCAUGGAGGGCAGAGGUCAUGACCAUCUGAACUUGGGACACAAAGCAGCUCCUCCUCAUGGACAAACACACCGAUCUGGGAACAUACAACAUGUUAAGGAACCUAAAAGCAAAAAAGGACAAGGAAUCCCCUUUAGAAAAUUGCCAUAUAUUGUCUCCAUGCAUUAGUGUGUGUUUCUCACCCUGUCAUUGAUGCCCCUGGCUUCCCCAGUCUGGUUUCCCCAGUCAGUACAGUCAGAGCUGCUACAUUGUUAAAACCCAGAUACACCUGCAGGGGACGAUAGGAGACAGACAGACAGUAGUGAUAUGCGGGUUGACUCUGGGUUUCCGGUCAUGAAAUAUUGUUUGGAUGAAGGGCGGGCCGGUCGAGUAAAGACAGAACAAAUAAUAAUACAAUCCGUAGUUCUUCUGUAAUUCAUAUCUUUAAGGCUACAUUGAGUUAUUUCAUUCUUUUUUUAUCUGGCAUUUGGCGCAUAAGUCUAAGCUUUAGGGCCCGACUUUGCUGCGUGCCAAAUCGGCCUACACACCAAUCGCCAAAUGCUUUCGGGAACUUGGCCGGAGAACGUUAACAUCGAUUCACCGAGGCAAAAAGGACACGGUCAGAGUUGAAUUCGCCUUAAAGACCAGUCUGAGAGAGCGGAACAUGUCUACAGACCUCCGAAGGGAAGCGGUCACACAAACGACUGGAGAGAGAGAAAGAGAGGAGAUGAGUAGCUGUUUUCUGGAUGAGGAGACGUUCUGUCAGUGUUGUCAGCUUCUCCUCCAACACUCCCACUCCCUCUGUGACGGCUGGAGCUGGGAACAAGUGAAGGGUUCUGAGGAGGGCUACCUGAGGAAGACUGCCCUGGGGACCGGCAGAACCAGAUGUAACCUGGACCAGCAAGGAACCAGUUCAGACAGGCACCAGGAGAGGACCUUCUCCCCUUCUUUCCAUAAUGAUGAUGAUGAAGAUGAUGGCGCAGUGUGUUGUAUACAGGAGGAGAACAGUAGUAGCAGUGUCGUUCAGUAUGAAUACCAUAUCCUCUACUCCUGCAGCUACCAAACUCCUGUCCUCUACUUCAGAGCUUCAACCCUGGAGGGUAGGAGUCUCUGUCUCGAGGAGGUAUGGGACAGUGUUCAUCCUAACUACAGACAGAGACUACAGCACAGACCCUGGGACACCAUCACACAACAGGAACACCCGUUGCUCGGCCAGUCGUUCUUUGUGCUCCACCCCUGCAUGACAGAAGAGUUCAUGAUGCCUGUUCUAAAAGCUGCCCUGGAAGAACACCGACAGGUGAACUACAUUGUGACCUGGCUCAGUGUGGUGGGUCCUGUUGUGGGACUGGAUGUUCCUCUGAGCUACUGUACACAGGUACCUGAACCACCGCACACCCCCUCCAGCUCUCCACAGCCCCCCUCCAGCUCUCCACAGCCCCCCUCCAGCUCUAGGGACAAAGCCAGGCUGAAUGGUUCUCCCAUCUAGCAUGGACAACACAUAAUUCUAAAGCGAAUUUCCAUUGGAGCCAGAUUUGACAUCAACUUGAGAUGUGUUGAUGAGGUCUGUCCAGUGGGCAUGAGAUGGAGGACAUGGCAGCUGCUUUUCACAGCAAGUCUCUAGAGAGAACCGUUACAUGAAGCACUGCUGGCACCUAGUGGUGGGAAACAUUACUGCAACUCUACAGGCCUGUCAGAACUGCUAGGUUGAAUCAGAUCAGGUGAUGGAUCUGAGAAGAGGGAGCGGGGAUGACGUAUAUAGAUCUGGGACAGGGUCUUACUAUGGGCUUCAGUGCUGAUACCUGUGAAAGGGUGAAACAUGACACUUCUCCUUUUGUCACAGCAGACCUGGUCUUAGGAGGCUAGACAACCACGGCGCAACGAAAGAGAUGUCUAUUGAUUUCUAUGGGAGCUACUCUGUCCUUGACAAAGUUGUUUUGGAACAAGACAAAGGAACGUCUAUUUUGUCCCUGGAUAGGGGACUGAAGAUGACGUCAGAUGUAACUUAUGUUCCCUAUGACCUCAAACAUUAACUCUUUAAGUACACGCUCUCAUUGUCACCUAACAUGUCCAACAAUCAUGUCGGAACUUUUUGAUUUCUUUGCAAAAAAGUUGAUGACAAACACACCGUUUUUGGCCUGCAUUGUGAAGAUUUUUUAAAACAGAAACAUAUUUUUUUCAGUUCCAGAUUCGGUAAGAUUCCUGUUUGUCUCUGACAGACUGGUCGUAUCUGAAGGGGCUUCUUCUAACCGUGUGAGUGGCAUUGUGAUCCAUGAUAGUUUGUACUUUGGCCAGACCCUUGUCUGUUGGCAGAAGACUCAGGAAUUCAUUUAUUGGUCAACUGGGAGAAAAGUUUGUUCGUGUGUAUUCUUGCAGUAGAAUGGAUGCCCUUUUCACCAUAAUUUGUCUAACAUCCUGUCUCCGUUGACCGAGAGCGUGGGGAGAGUUUCAUACCUCCUCCUCAUACGAUUUAACACGGUCGAUUUGCUUUUGAAUUGGAAAACGGUUGCAUGUUGACUGUAUCACAGGUUGUAAUACCAAUGUUGGCUUUUAAUAAUGGCAACUCUUCCGCCUUAGUUCUGAUACAACACAUGUAUAUGACUGUAUCGCAUCUAUAUUGAACCUACGUGCCAAUGAACACACACGGUCUGGUCAUUAUACCUAAUGUAAAGACGGUCAGGGGAGAAACAAUUCUACUGUAUGAUUUAAGAAGGGGAGGGGGGGGGGGCAGUUCAAUACAUCAGCCACUCUUAUGGUAAUGGCUAUGGGGACCAUAUGUACAAUCUGUUCGCACGAGCAACCCUAACAGAAAUGCUGAUAUAAAUGUCCCACGGGAGAGCUCUGACAAUGUCAGAUUAAAGUGUGUAUGUGUAAUCAGUUA